AGCUGAAUAAAUAAAUAGACCUCCAGGAACAGUAUGCGCACCCCAUCCGCUUAUGUUGAAAACAUUAACUGGAAUUCUAGAAUUAAAUUAGUGGAAAUAUACAUUGUAUAUUACAGUAUUUAUAGCUAACUUGAUGAUGCGCAUAGACAAAAUAUAAGCAGCAUAUGGUAUGCAUAUCAAUGUCGAAAAAAAACACACAAAUUAUGACCAGUAGCUUUAAAGGGAAUAUCAAAUUUGGAGUUGACAAGCUGACAAGUUUCAGAAGUUUCAAAUACCUCGGAGUUAUUGUCUCAGAUGAAGGGACCAAAUCUAAACUACUGGCCAUAACUGCACAGCAGCAUUUGCCGAACUCAAAACAAUAUGGAAACACACGAUGAAUAGUUCUCGACACUAAAAUCAGACUUAUGCGCUUCCUGGUCACGGCCACAUUCCUACAUGCUUGAGAAUCUUGGAGACUUACUGCAGAGCUAGAGAGGUGGAUUCUAGCAACGGAAUUAGAAUACAACAGAAAGAUUCUAGAUAUUACCUACUAAGACCGCAUCACAUCACAUUAGAGACAGGAUUAGCACAGCAAUUGGACUCCUCGAUAACCUGAUAAGUGCUAACUACUGUAAAAAAAUGCAAACUAAAACUUCAUGGCCAUAGCACAAGGGCUCUCAAAAACCUUCCUUGAGGGAACAGUAUUAGGAAAAAGAAGAAGAGGCAGAUAGAGGAAGCUAUGGGAAGACAACAUAAACAAAUGCAUGACCAGUCUAAAAAUUAGAUAAUGUAGAAUAACAAAAUAUUAACAAGGGAGAUUACAACUGAAUUAGAAAUGAAGGAUAUGUCAUUCUUUCGUACGUAGUUGUUUCCCUAGUUAACUGCUAUAAUCAACAAGACAAGGCGUCUAGUUAGAGCAAGAAAGCAAUACACAAAUGGAUAGAUCUAAUGUGCUGCGACAGACCAGCAGUCUUUUUAAGAUUGUAACAGCUUUACGUGCGUUUGUUGUGAUAUUAUUACUGACAAAGUCAUGGGCACAGAACUCAACUGUUGACAAUCUCUUUACUUCACAGACAAUUUGGUCUGAACGUGUCUCAUCACCAUCAUUGUUGCCUUCAAGUGUAAACGCCUUGAGCUCUGGGCUGACAGAGUCAAUAGUAAACUCAUUCACAGAUUAUCAUCCUGCAAGUUCUGCAUUUCUUAGCACUGUCUCAUUGCCGACAGCGACGUACGGAAUUAUAGAGCCGUCCGUAUCGCCAUCACUUCCGACUACAAUCUCAGUUUCUAGAGUUGACCUGUCCACUGAACUGUCCAUUGUGCCGCAGUCAAGUUAUGAAGCGACAGUAUCUACUACUUGGAGUUUCGCCUAUUCUUCGCCUUCAGCUUUAAUACCCUCAGCUACUAUCUCGGACUCACCAUUGGCACCAUCAACAAAGAUGACUAGUUCCUCGCUGAAGUCAACAGAGGUGUCAACAUGGAUAGAUACGACGACAAAAGUAGCGACAUUUACCACGGCAGAAUCGACUAUUUUCACCAGUCUUCCAGAGUCAGUUAGCACUUCUACGCGUCUGUCAGUUCCAUCAUUGCCUUUUUCACAGCUAUCACCCUCCAGCCAUCAAGUUAGUUCAGACACUGUAACACAGACUUUACCUUUUAUAGUCUCGAGCAGUGCAAGCUUGCCUAGUGGAUCUAUUUUCUCCUGGGAGCAGAUCUCCAGUGAAACAAGCUCAUUUAAAGUUGAGCUUACCAGCAUCGAUCUCACCUCAAUCAGUCAAAGGUCAUCUGGUUCUCUUUCUAGCGUGAUUGGCUACUUUACACCAACUGCGGCAACUGCGGCAUCAAGUUUGGUCGCUGAUGCUACCUCAGGCUGGACGCCGACUAGCUCGUUUGAGGCUGUAGCGAGUAGCAUAAAUAACUUCACACCUAGCGAGGAUUCUGGUGUGAUAGAAAGAAUGAAACAAAAAGAAAGGAUAACAGAGCUUGAGGAUAAUGUGAACUCCCUGACUAUUGCUCUGGCUGUUAUUGCAUCUCUACUUGGCUUAGUGUUACUUCUCCUGAUCAUAUAUGUCUUUGUUAAAAACUGUCGUACGAAAACAAGUGCCGAUAACCCAGACGACUUUCUGCAAAAUCCAAAGAGAAAAAACCAACCUACCUACUUCAGACCUCAGACUACUUACGAGAUGACAGAUAGUCGAGAAAAUAUGUAUAACCCUGCCAAUAGUAUCUAUAAUCCACCGAAUAUCUUCCGAUCAAGCACCUACCAGAGAAAAAGUUCAGAGAUCAAUCCUCCAGAUGACACAGAGUUGGACAGCUUACAGAAUAACGGUCAUUCAGAAGGAAUCACCCAUUUUCAUAACAUAGCACUAGAUGAUUGAGUUUCUUAAUAAACGAAUAAUUAUAAUUGUAUCAUUGUGAUGUAUUGCAAACAUUCCAAAGUAUUUGUAGAACAGAAAUGUAGGUCAUGUAUGCAAGAAGCGAGCUUCACACUUGUCGAUAAAUCGUAAUUGCUAUUUUGAGUAGCAACACUAAAAAUGAAUACAUUUUAUCGAAGCCAAUUUUAUUUUUUUAUUUUGACAAUAUUUCCAUUCAAGUCAGAACUUCAUGGAGGAUGGAACCUGAUCGAUGAUCUCAAAAACGGCACUAACGAUUUUUCUAGAAAUUCAACUGUUUAUGGACAUCGAUGGGAAAAGAAUUAAUCACUCGUUGGCCUCACAGGAAAAACUCGAGCUGGAAGGUUAACAGUUUUUAAAGUAAAAAAGUAAAUUUAUUAAAAUUUGGCUAGACAACUAGAUCUAGGUAUAGAUCCAAAAUCGGUUUUGAAAGGACUAUCGCGUUCUUGAAAGGACUAUCGCAUUUGGGAAUUUCCGAAUAUAAGGCAUAAUAGAUUCAAGAGUUUAAUACAUUAAUGCUAAGGAAACAUUUGCGCAUCUAGAUCUUAAAUCCAAUAAUUGGAAUAUUAUAAAGUCGAGUAGAUUUAUACAUUCACUUGACCAGGAUCUUAUCUGGCAGGUGGAGGGGGUGGCGAGGGAGCUGGGUAAAAAAUGUUCCAUUGUUUUUUUUAUUUAACAAUAUAACAAUAUAACAGUCAUUUGUUAUUAAGAGAAAACAGUCGCUUGAUAUGUUGUAUAAAGGAGAUAUUAUCUUUUAAAAUAAAAUAUUUGUAAUGCUUUUCUUUUUUAAGGUUGAUAAUUAACAAGAAUCCAAUGAUUAAACAAACGUCCAAAGAUUAACAAAUUAAGAAACAUUUAAUGAUUAAACAAGCAAUAUUUGAUUGAAAAAAAAAUCAAGGUUCAAACAAUCAUUAAGUGAUAAAAUUGAGUGAUAAUAAACAUUGAGUGAUAACAAAUAUGAACAGAUUGACAGACAUUAAAGUAUUAUUAAACAAAUAUGAACAGAUUUACAGACAUUAAAGUAUUAUUAAACAAAUAUCACAUUUUUGCUUUGUAAUAUCUUUUGAUUUUUGACCUAAAUGUUUCGCAUUUUUGUUUUUGGUUUCGUAUUCGAUUACAAUAUUAUAUUAUUAUUAUUCAUCUUUUAAAAGAGUUUUCAAACAUUUCUCAUGUCUAUAGUUUUUUAUUUCUAAUUUCUGAAUUUGAUUAUGUCAAUAAUUAUGUUUAGGGUUAUUUAUAUCAGUAUUAGCUUUGAUUUUAUGUAUAUUUUAAUGUGUAUUUGUUUUUAAAUAUGAUCAUUAAAUUAAAAAAAAUGUGAACAUUUAAUUGAAUAAAUUAGUCUUGGGCCUGUCUUAUGCAAACUAAAAAUAGAUUAUUCAUGAACUGCCUACAUAAUGUGUACACUAAGAAUCACGUUUUCAAUGUCUAUCUAUUUGACACUUUUCAGUUCCAUUUUCAGUUUCUGUGUGUAUGCGUGUGUGUUUCUGUGUCUAUGCUUGUGUGUGUCUGUGUGUCUGUGUAUUAGAGAUGGAGAAGAAUAGAGAGAUAGAUCAAAAGAUUUUGGAAAUUCAAUUGUUUUAAGAUAAAGGCUCUACAUUUGUAAACCGUUGUCAUCGCGCGUGGUGGUUGCUUUUAUGUAGUUAUAAAAACAAGAUAUUUGCGUGUGUGUAUGUGUUUGUGUGCGUUCAUUUAUCUCAGCAUUUAUCUACGUUCCGUUCACUUGCUCUCCAAUGUUCAUUAUGCUGUAUUUCAUUUAGUUUAGGAGAAACUUUCUACAUGUUUUUUAUUUCUAUAUAAAAAAAAUGAAACCAAAUAAAAUUAAAAUUAAAAUA